GUCCUUUUCUGGGGAAAAAAAGUCGCGUCUGGUCGCCGGCGGCAGAGUCGAGUCCCACUUCAUGCUUGACCCAUUGGAUUUGGAGGGUCUCCAGUGUUUUUGUGACUGAAGUUAUCUUGAACAUUGAAGUCUCCCCAAAGUCACACCAGUGACCUCUUCAGUCAAGAUGCUUCCCAGCCGAGGCCUCCUAAGGUCGACCCCAGCUUUGGGGCUCGCCAGAGCUUCCUUUAAGGCCCCUUCGUCGCGACAGUUCGGCACUGCUCUGCGUUCUUCUCUCCCCCAGGGCUCUCGCAGGAUAGGAGGCCCUCUCGGCAUCACAGCUACCGCUGCCGCUUCCCACCAGCUCCUCUCUUCUCUUCGUCAGGUCCGCUAUGCUUCGACCGGUCCCGAUGCCGCCGUCGCCGCCGAUGCUGCUGCCGCCGCCGCUCCCGCUUCCUCGCCCGUCGAUGCUGUCGCCGCUACUCCCGUCGAGCUUACCGGCAGCGAUCUCCUCAACCUCCCCGAACAGAUCGGCUUCCUCAAGACCCUCGGUCUCGACUAUGGCUGGGGUGUUACCUCGAUGAUGCAAUGGCUUACCGAGCACGUCUACGUCUACUCCGGCCUCCCCUGGUGGGCCACUCUUGCUGCCGUCGCUGCCAUCGUCAGAGUCGCCAUCUUCAAGCCCUCUCUCGGCGCUUCGCAGGAGUCCCAGAAGAUGCAGGAUCUCAACAAGAACCCCAAAUAUGCCGCCAUCAUGGCCAAGGUGAAGGAGGCCUCCUUCGACACUACCAAGCAGAACGACCUCGUCAAGUAUAGGCAAGAGAUGGCUCUCAUGACCAAGAAUGCCGGCAUCAACUACUUCAAGGUCUUCAUUCCCUUCAUCCAAGUUCCUAUCGGUUUCGGCAUGUUCCGUCUCAUUCGCGGAAUGGCCGCCCUUCCUGUCGAAAGCUUGGAGACUGGUGGCACCCUGUGGUUCCCCGACCUUACUGUUGCCGACCCUUACUUCGCUCUUCCCAUUGCCAGUGCCUGCCUGUUCGUUGCCUCUAUGAGGAAACCCAUCCCCUAUAUGGCCCCCCAGCAGGCGCGCAUGAUGAAGUCGAUGGGCCUCGUCCUUGUCCCCGUCUCUAUCUUCGCUACCGCGUGGCUUCCCGCUGCACUGCAGUGGUACUUCCUCGUCUCCGCGAUUGGUCAGUACUUCCAGGCCAGCAUUUUCCACCUUCCCGCCUUCCGCCGGUGGGUUGGUCUCCCCGAGCUCGUUCCCGGUGGCAUGCGUGGGCCUUCCCCCUUCGCCAAGGCAGCGGCUCCUAGCAGCACCAUUCAGUAUGUUGCGCCUAGGACGAUGGAUACCACCGCGACGCCUGUCGACUCGGGUUCCAUCCUUGGCGACAUCAAGGACUCGAGCAACUUCGUAAAGGAGAAGCUUGAGGAUUGGAAGAAGAAGAACGACAACACCAACAUCCACUCGCGCGCCAAGGAGUAUGAGGAGAGGAGAGCGUUGGAGGAACACGAGGCCUACCUUGCUCGUCUCGAGUUGAAGAAGCAGAAGCAGAAGGGGCGCAAGAACCAUUAAAAGGGAUAUGAAUUGCAGAUGAUGUCCAAGAUUAUGACGAUUCGUCUCUCGGAGCAACACAUACGAUUCUUGAGAAGCCGUGUUCCGAAGCCGGCGCCAAACUCAAGUUCACUAAUCAUCUUGUGCAUCAGAGAGGUCUGUGUUCAGGACUCACUCAGCCCU